AUGUUCAUGCUCGUGGCACUUGAUGCUUCCACUAUGCAUACAAAAACGAAGGUUAACGAAUCUAUUCAUAAAAUUUACAUUGUAUUGAUCGCUGAAACACUACUGCAGAUGCCUCUUAAUAUUCGGUUGUGGAUACAAUGGAGGAGUGGCAUAAAUAAAGAGGGUGCUUAUAAGGAUUACAUCGAUGUUUUCUCGCCUUCACCAGCACCACAAUCACGAUGCGAGCGACCUAAAAAGAGGAAGAUAUUUGUUAACAAUCUGAUGAUAUCACUUGAUAUUAAUUCAUCUCUCCUAUGUCUACUUACAAUCUUCAGUAGUACAUCACGUCCAUAUCACGAAGCAAUGCAUCCAAUCAAACAGAUUGCUGCUAGAGCCACUCCAACCACAAUAAGAGCUAUAGCGAGGCCAUCUCAAACUGCUCAAUCAUUUUUUGCUAGGAAUGCAAGAUUUGAUGGCUAUGAACGGAGUUCACGUCAGUCUUAUCGACGUAAAGCGACUUUGUAUACUUCUGCAUAA